UUAAACAAAGUUUCUCUGCAACCCUCUGCUGCACAGAAUUUGAAGUUCAUUAACGUUGAGACCUAUAUAAAGCCCCUCCAGUUCUGACUUUUGAUGAACAAGGAUAAUCAUCCAAACCAACUGUGGCGAUAUGGAAACAACAACACUUGUCGUCUUUUUUCUCUCUCUCCUUGUCUCUGGUUCAUACUCAGCCACAUUUACCUUCACAAACAAGUGCCCAUACACCGUCUGGCCGGGCACAUUGGCGGGCUCAGGACCAUCAGCUCCCUCGACUGGAUUCGAGCUUGCAACCGGCGCAUCAGCAUCUCUAGACAUCCCAGCGCCAUGGUCCGGCCGGUUCUGGGGUCGAACACUUUGCUCCACAGACUCUGCCGGGAAGUUCAGGUGUGGGACUGGAGACUGUGCCUCCGGCCAGGUUGCAUGCAACGGAGCCGGAGCAAUUCCACCGGCCAGCCUAGUGGAAUUCACCUUAGCAACAAACGGAGGGAAGGAUUUCUACGACGUUAGUCUCGUCGACGGCUACAACCUGCCCAUCUCCAUCACCCCGCAGGGCAUGUCAGGUUGCAAUACGACGAGCUGCCCAGCUAACAUGAACUCUGUCUGUCCACCGGAGUUGAGGGUCAGAGGAUCAGAUGGGGGAACGAUCGCUUGUAGGAGCGCUUGCGACGCAUUUAACGAUCCCAAGUAUUGCUGCACCGUCUCGUUUGGCUUGCCGUCGACAUGCCCUCCGACGAACUACUCCAUGGUCUUCAAAAACCAGUGUCCACAAGCUUAUAGCUAUGCGUAUGACGAUAAAACAAGCACAUUUACGUGCACCAGUUCCAACUACCUCAUCACCUUCUGUCCGUGAUAGAAGCUUUCUAACCUUUUUUUUUUCCUUUUCACAUUUUCACUGAAGCUUGAAUUAAUUAGACAAUUGAUUAAUUAUAUAAAGGCAAAGCGGGUGUACGAUUAAAUCAAAGAAUUUGAUACUCAGGUUGAAAUCGGUCCUUUAGCCAAGAUUUAAGUUUCCAUGAAUGAUUCUCUUUUUUGCUUAUUUAAGGUCCCUUAGUUGGCCUAGAUGAAUCAAUGAGUCGGUGACAUAAAUGUAGUAGAGUUCACUGAAUAUGAUGUAAACUAAGCAACCAUAACCUGGUCUUGGUUGUAUUGUGACACAUGUUGUGGGGUAUAAGUUGGUGAUGAGUUAGGAGA